ACCAGCCUCCGGGGUGCCACGGGGCGGGCACUGGCUGCCUGCUGCCUCCUGCCUGUUUACCUGUGCUCAGUCACAGUGCCGUCCCGGACCCAGCAGGAGGCCCAUGGAGCCUGGGGCCACAGGCCACAGGGGACAAGGGACAGACACCCUGGCCAUGGCUCCAGGCCAUUGAUCCAGCCCAGGCUGGCCAGGUGGGGGUUGGGAGACCUUGGCCUGGACAAACAGAGGCUCCAGAGGCCUGCGGGCCCAACACCUCCCUGCCACUCCCGAAGGAUGCCCAUGGCCAAGGCCCCCCAGGCGGCUGGUGGGCAGGGUGACGGAGGUGAUGGCGAGGAAGCAGAGCCGGAGGGCAUGUUCAAGGCCUCUGAGAACGCCAAGAGAAGAGCCCGGGACUACCUCCGCCUGGCCCCGCUGUGGCUGGCCCUGGUCGUGCUGGCGUCGGUGGGGGUGCUGCUCUGGUACUUCCUAGGGUACAAGGCGGAGGAGGCGGUCAGCCAGGUGUACUCAGGCAGCCUCCGAGUGCUCAAUCGCCACUUCUCCCAGGAUCUUGCCCGCCGGGAGUCCAGCGCCUUCCGCAGCGAAACCGCCAAAGCCCAGAAGAUGCUCGCAGAGCUCGUCGCCAGCACCCGCCUGGGAGCCUACUACAACUCCAGCUCCGUCUACGCCUUCGGAGAGGGACCCCUCACCUGCUUCUUCUGGUUCAUUCUCCAAAUCCCCGAGCACCGCCGGCCGAUGCUGGGCCCCGAGGUGGUGCGGGCGCUGCUGGUGGAGGAGCUGCUGUCCUCGGCCAACGGCUCGGCCCCCUACAGCGCCGAGUACGAGGUGGACCCCGAGGGCCUGCUGAUCCUGGAAGCCAGCGUGAAAGACAUAGUCGCACUGAAUUCCACGCUGGGCUGUUACCGCUACAGCUACGUGGGCCCGGGCCAGGUCCUCCGGCUGAAGGGUCCCGACCAACUGGCCUCCAGCUGCCUGUGGCACCUGCAGGGCCCCGAGGACCUCAUGCUCAAACUCCGGCUCGAGUGGACGCUGGCCGAGUGCCGGGACCGACUGGCCAUGUACGACGCAGCCGGGCCCCUGGAGAGGAGGCUCAUCACCUCGGUCUACGGCUGCAGCCGGCAGGAGCCCGUGGUGGAGGUGCUGGCGUCGGGCGCCGUCAUGGCGGUGGUCUGGAAGAAGGGCCUGCACAGCUACUACGACCCCUUCGCGCUCUCCGUGCAGCCCGUGGCCUUCCAGGGCUGCGAGGUGAACCUGACGCUGGAGGGCCGGCUGGAGCCGCAAGGCAUCCUCAGCACCCCGUACUUCCCCAGCUACUACUCGCCCAGCACCCACUGCUCCUGGCACUUCACGGUGCCGUCUCUGGACUACGGCCUGGCCCUCUGGUUUGACGCCUACGCGCUGCGGAGGCAGAAAUAUGACUUGCCGUGUACCCAGGGCCAGUGGACGAUCCAGAACAGGAGGCUGUGUGGCCUGCGCACGCUGCAGCCCUACGCCGAGAGGAUCCCCGUGGUGGCCACGGCCGGCAUCACCAUCAACUUCACCUCCCAGAUCUCCCUGACCGGGCCCGGCGUGCAGGUGCACUACGGCCUGUACAACCAGUCGGACCCUUGCCCCGGAGAGUUCCUCUGCUCCGUGAACGGACUCUGCGUCCCCGCCUGUGAUGGGGUCAAGGACUGCCCCAAUGGCCUGGACGAGAGAAACUGUGUUUGCAGAGCCACAUUCCAGUGCCAAGAGGACAGCACGUGCAUCUCACUGUCCCGGGUCUGUGACGGGCGGCCCGACUGUCUCAACGGCAGCGACGAGGAGCAGUGCCGGGAAGGGGUGCCCUGUGGGACAUUCACCUUCCAGUGUGGGGACCGGAGCUGCGUGAAGAAGCCCAACCCGCAGUGUGACGGGCGGCCGGACUGCAGGGACGGCUCUGACGAGCAGCACUGUGACUGUGGCCUCCAGGGCCCCUCCAGCCGCAUCGUGGGCGGGGCCGUGUCCUCCGAGGGCGAGUGGCCAUGGCAGGCCAGCCUGCAGGUGCGGGGCCGACACAUCUGUGGGGGAGCCCUCAUCGCCGACCGCUGGGUGGUGACGGCAGCUCACUGCUUCCAGGAGGACAGCAUGGCGUCCCCAGCGCUGUGGACCGUGUUCCUGGGCAAGGUGUGGCAGAGCUCGCGCUGGCCUGGCGAGGUGUCCUUCAAGGUGAGCCGCCUGCUCCUGCACCCCUACCAUGAGGAGGACAGCCACGACUACGACGUGGCGCUGCUGCAGCUCGACCACCCCGUGGUGCGCUCAGCCGCCGUGCGCCCCGUCUGCCUGCCCGCGCGCUCCCACUUCUUCGAGCCGGGCCUGCACUGCUGGAUCACAGGCUGGGGCGCCCUGCGAGAGGGCGGCCCCACCAGCAAUGCGCUGCAGAAGGUGGAUGUGCAGCUGAUCCCGCAGGACCUGUGCAGCGAGGCCUACCGCUACCAGGUGACCCCACGCAUGCUGUGUGCCGGCUACCGCAAGGGCAAGAAGGACGCCUGCCAGGGUGACUCGGGUGGCCCGCUGGUGUGCAAGGCACCCAGUGGCCGCUGGUUCCUGGCAGGACUGGUCAGCUGGGGCCUGGGCUGUGGCCGGCCCAACUACUUUGGUGUCUACACCCGCAUCACAGGUGUGAUUGGCUGGAUCCAGCAGGUGCUAACCUGAGGAGCUGCGUCUGGAGAGCUGGGGUCUACCUGCUGGACUCAGAGCCCGGGGCAUGCACCAGGCGGGGGCAGGCAGGCCCCAUGGAGGCAGGAGGUGGCAUCCUGCCCCCAGCCUGCUCCCUGGUCUGCUGCAGUGACGGCCGGAGGGGGCAGGGCCUUCCGCUGGUGCUCAAGACGUCCCCCUGACCCAGGCCCACCAGUCCCAGCUGGAGGGGUCCACAGCCAGCCCUUCUGUCUCCCAAUCUCUCUCCUCCCUCCCCUUCCUGCACUGCUGCCUUCCAGGGAGGUGGCUCGGCAGUGACAAUGCUGCCCUCCAGGUCCCCAGCAAGUGUCUGAGAACCCCCUCCGCAGGGCAGAGGCUGCUGGGGCAGCCCUGGCUCCAGAGAGCUGACUCCAGCUUGUGGAGCCCUGGGUCUAACGUGGGAGGUGGGGGUGGAGGUGGGGGUGGGUGCCCCAUAGGAGGUGACCCUCAGAGCCCUGGAGACUGCUGGGUGGGCCAGCUGCCACCGAAAGCCAAAGGGUGGGGAAGCCCGGGCUCCAGGGUCCUUGCCCCACCCCUACCUGCCAUGUGGGUGGUGAGACAAGCCCAGCUGCCCUGGGGAAUAAAGCGCCUGACCCACAGCUCUGCUGCUGGAGCUUGAAUGGGGGCCCGGCACCGGCCUCGCA